GCCCAACAUCUUUAAUAUGUUCAGAUUGAGAGAGAAGAAAAACUUUGUAAUCUUCUCGCUCAGCUAUUGGGCUAACAAAAGCCACUAUGGGCCUAUUCCCAUUUCAUUAUGUCUCUUGUUGGCCUAUUACUUUUUCGUUUACUACCUUUAGACAAUUAGAAUAAAAUCUUUUAUCAUGUUUCCCAAUAUACCACAUUGAUUGCUUUGCACGUAGCAAGAAGUAGGCCAUAUGGAGUCCACGACACAAAACUCUGAAUGGUCAAAGAUAUAAAACAAAUUGAAGAGUUGUCGCAUGUUCUUAUAACCAUUUAUGAAUUAUAACUGCAUUUGAUUUUAUUGUAUUGUUUAGCCUAGUCGUGCGAUGAAAUAUCAAAAUUAGUCACCGUUGAUUUUACAUGACAGUUAUACUUAUACAGUAAUGGACAGACACACACAUAUAUAUUAAAUUCUACUGUGAAACGCUAAGUCAAUAGGAUUAACUGGUGUAAAGCUGUCUGAUUAACAAAAACUUAAGUGUGAAAGCUGUCUUUUACCACUCUUCCAAACACUCCGACGUACCCAACUCUAGCUAUUAACUUCUAUAUAAUUCAUAAACCAUUGAUUCCUAAAGAUCGCAAGAACCUCGAUUUCAUUCUUCUUGUUACCUCUAAGCACUCUCUUUCUCUCCCUCUCUCUCUCUCUUGUGGUCGGAGAAUGGAGAAGGAUAAUGACUUCACGGAUCCGUUUCUGGCGUCAACUGAGGAGGAGGAGCUCGACCCGAUGACCCAAAAAGCAUUGAUGGAUUAUCUUGGAGUCGGAAGCAGAGCAUCUUCUCUUGUCUCCUUCUCCUCUACCGCCGUCGAUAUCCCUCCAAUCUCCGGCGUCGUAGACUUUGUCAGAGAGUUUAGAAUUGAGUCUAAAAAGCUAUGGAAACUAGCAGGCCCUGCCAUUUUUACAUCGAUGAGCCAGUACUCUCUCGGAGCCGUCACUCAAGUUUUCGCCGGACAUAUUAGCACUAUUGCUCUUGCCGCCGUCUCCAUUGAGAACUCCGUCAUUGCCGGCUUCUCCUUUGGUAUCAUGCUUGGAAUGGGAAGUGCGUUGGAAACGCUAUGCGGACAAGCGUUUGGAGCAGGGAAAGUAUCAAUGCUCGGCGUUUACUUACAACGCUCGUGGGUUAUUCUAAGCAUAACCGCUCUCUUCCUUUCUCUAAUCUAUAUCUUUGCGGCUCCAAUCCUAACCUUUAUAGGUCAAACCGCUGCAAUCUCGGCCACGGCAGGGAUAUUCUCCAUUUACAUGAUCCCACAAAUCUUUGCAUACGCUAUCAACUUUCCAUCGGCAAAGUUUUUGCAAUCGCAAAGCAAGAUCAUGGUUAUGGCAGGAAUCUCCGGUGUGGUUCUUGUGAUCCAUAGUUUCCUCACGUGGCUAGUCAUGUCUAAGUUCCAUUGGGGACUUCCUGGUUUAGCUUUAGUGCUUAACACGUCGUGGUGGUUCAUCGUUGUGGCACAACUUGUGUAUAUCUUUAAUGGUACGUGUGGAGAGGCUUGGUCUGGAUUUACGUGGGAGGCUUUUCACAAUUUGUGGGGGUUUGUUAAAUUGUCUUUGGCUUCUGCUGUCAUGCUCUGUUUGGAGAUUUGGUAUUUUAUGGCACUCGUAUUAUUUGCCGGAUAUUUGAAGAAUGCUGAAGUCUCCGUAGCUGCACUCUCCAUAUGCAUGAACAUUUUGGGAUGGGCAGCUAUGGUUUCAGUUGGGACAAACGCAGCAGUAAGUGUGAGAGUGUCAAAUGAGCUUGGAGCUAGCCACCCAAGAACGGCUAAGUUUUCUCUAGUUGUGGCGGUGAUAUUAUCGACAACGAUCGGGAUGGUUAUAGCGGCUGGCCUACUAUUCUUCCGAAACGAGUACCCGGUUUUGUUUGUGGAAGAUGAAGUCGUUAGAAAUGUGGUUAGAGAACUCACGCCAAUGCUUGCCUUCUGCAUUGUCAUCAACAAUGUUCAACCCGUAUUGUCUGGAGUGGCUGUGGGAGCGGGAUGGCAAGCGGUUGUAGCGUAUGUGAACAUAGCAUGCUACUACUUGUUCGGAGUCCCAUUUGGUCUAUUGUUGGGAUUUAAGCUUGAAUAUGGAGUAAUGGGAAUUUGGUGGGGGAUGAUGACGGGAACUUUUGUUCAAUCGAUAGUCCUGACUUGGAUGAUCUGCAAAACCAAUUGGGAGAAAGAGGCUGCAAUGGCAGAGGAAAGGAUAAGAGAAUGGGGAGGAAUAGCAGAGAAAGAGACUCUUUUGAACUAAAACGAGUUUUACUCAAAAGACAUGUUAAGGAGUUUUUCAAAUCACAUUUUUGUAUACGAGAACCUUAAAGGCAAUUUGGUUCUGAUCUCUUUCUAAAAAAAAGCUGUAACUUGUUAUGUCAUCAAACGCUGACGACAAGAUAUGUUAUCUAUAAACAUCUUGACUUUUGAGAA